GAUUUAGUUGGAAAAGGUUGCCGCACGUGACUGGUCACUUUUACUCGCUUCGUCGAUAUGGUGUGCGCAAAGUAAAAGUGAUAAAGUGUAUAAUAGAGAAAAUGUUAUAUUAUUUUCGCGACAGGUGAUCGCGUAUCUUUUAGGCGACAAAAAUCGAUCAAGAUGCCGAAGAAAUUUGUGGGUGAGAACAGUAAAGCUGUUGCCGCUCGGGCGAGAAAAGCGGCAGCGAAAGAAGCCGAAACUGUGAAGAAAGCGAUGGAAGCCGAAGACAAGGCUUGGGAAGAUAACGACAAACAGUUGUUGAAAAAGAAACAAAAACAAGAAGAACUUGAGAAAAAACGUCUGCAGCAACUGGAGAAAAAGGCCGAGGCAAAAGCUUUACUUGAAAAAGAGAUGGCAACUAUAAAAGUCGGUGGCAAACAACCAGCGUCCAAAGUUACCAGAGCCGAAAUUGUUUCUAUCACGGAAAAACGGAAUCUGGUGGCUAUGAAGAAGAAAGAAGACGAGAAACCGAUUGAGGAAAACUUGAAUAGACUAACUUUGGAAGGUGAAACGGCUCACGGUAUAGAUGAAGCCAUAUCUGUUUUAAGUACAAAAGAUCCCGAUAUUGACCGACACCCGGAGAAACGGAUGAAAGCAGCGUACGCAAGUUUUGAGGAGAAAAUGAUGCCAAUAAUUAAAGAACAGAAUCCCACUCUGAGGUUGAGUCAAUUGAAACAAAUAAUUAGAAAAGAAUGGAUGAAAUCUUCUGAAAAUCCGUAUAAUCAAAAGUUAAUGAAUCGCUGAUCAUGAGAACAAUAAUAAUAUCGAAUGCAUUACAUUUAAUGCUAUUGACUGAUUUUUUUUUUUNUUAAGCUUGGUUAAAUAACAAUUAUUGCAACGGCACAUAAUCAACUAUA